AUGGGUGGGCGACUGCAACUGUCGAAGCAAUGGUACUCCCACUUCCGAGUUAUUGUCUUGUGCAGUUUUUUGCAUCUUGGUCUGAGCGCUCAGAUCGCUCAGUAUGCUGUCGACUAUGCCCCGCUGAUCUGGCUGCAUUCCGACGAUCAGUAUAUGCCCAGCGACAUCAAGGAGCAUGUCCUGCGCACAGCUCCCAGGAUCGACUUCCAACGAAUAGCAGAUGGCCCGCUGCGAUUGGAUCUCGACAACCUAUCCUCAUUGAACGGAUACGGCAAGAAUGGCACAAACGUCUUCCUCACGGCCGUCGAAGAUGUCACCACGUUCCCAGGCUGGGUUCUCGGAGAGACGCCCGAUGAGGACGGAGCUCUGCACAAUUCCACUGCAUGUGCCGUUGUCGCUGUUCAGCACGAGAUUCCCGGCAAGCAGACCGUCGUGGACGUGUUCUACUUCUACUUCUACUCUUGGAACGAAGGCGGGGAUAUCACGCAGGUGGUGCCGCCGCUGAACAGGCUGUUCCCGGACAGCAAGCCUGGCGAUCACUUCGGCAACCACCUGGGCGACUGGGAGCACAACAUGAUCCGAUUCGUAGACGAAAAGCCCGUGGGGAUCUAUUUCAGCCACCAUGCCGGCGGCGAGGUGUGUGUUUGGGAUGACGAGUCGUGUCUCUCGAAACGGGGUGAGCGGCCCGUCGUCUUUAGUGCUCGAGGCUCGCACGCGAAUUACCCGUCGGAAGGAAGCCACAUACACGACGACGCGCUGAUAGAUAUUGCGGAUAGAGGCAGGCUCUGGGAUCCAGUCAAGCUUGCCUACUUCUAUACCUACGAUCCGGCGACCGAGACGUUCACUGCUGCGGAGCCAGGAACAGCGCCAACCGACUGGCUCUACUUCAAUGGGAACUGGGGUGACCAGCAGUACCAGGACUCGGAUCCACGACAACAAACGGUCCCAUAUUUUGGCCUCAAGAAGUAUUACAGCGGGCCCAAUGGGCCCAAGUUCAAGCGUCUUGUGCGGAGAGGUCUGAUGCCCGAUGAAAAGGGGAAGUUCAACCUUAUUAAGACCUUGGUGCACUGGUAUAUGGGGUGGUAUGGGUGCUGCCUGAAGGGCAUCAAUCCCUGGCUGGUUGUCAUUGGCCUUCUGAUUGCUCUCGCUACAGUAAUUACCUUGGGCGUGGUCUCCGCCAGGUUGGCCCGACCAGCAGUGAAGGCAUGGGUCCAGACUAGGAAGGACCGGCAGACGAAAGAGGAGACGGCGGAGGUGCAGCUCCGGCUCCUUGAUCCUGAGAGGGCAGACGCUGAUGAUGAGGCAUAA